GGAAACGUGUGUGUGGACUCGCGGAUACAACCGGAUGGCCAGUGGGAGCUCUGUCUGCCAGGGCGAGGGCCGGAGCUUUAGCCAGCGGAGGGGGCAUCCUGUGACUCAUCAGCUGAGAGAGGAGGAGCGAGGAAGACGGACAGAGAGAGGAGAGCAACAGACGGGCCUGUAGAAGCUGUAGCAGUUAUGAACGGUCACCGUGAUUUCUCAGUGCUGUGUGCUGAGGUUGCCUGUGAAGUGCAAAAGCGGUUGGAGGGAAGUAGCCACAGCGAACGUUACAGCCAGCUGACAGUCAGGAAAUGUGUGUGUGUGUACUCGUGGGGACUGUGAGGACAGCUCUGGUGUCUGCUGAGAACGUUCAGCUCACCUUAAAGACCAAACUUCGCCAGGAGGAGCAGCACCCUCACGCACGCCAACGGAGGCCCCGACGAGACACUCACCAAAGGGUUCUCUGCAGUAGUAUCUCAUCACAUGCUUGUGUGUGUGUGUUUUCAAGUUCACGAACUCGCCUAGUUUCCUCAUCUCUCUAGCUGAUUAUUGAUUGUGACAUUAUCGUGAGUCACAACGUGACUUUCUUUCCUCUGCGCCUGGCAACAACUCCCAAUAUGGUUAAUUUUGUGUUGUUUUUCAUUCGCUCUCUACCCAUUCUUCCUCGUGUUGUUGUUCAAUGUGAAACAUCUGCCUGGUGUGUUGAACCCAACAGUCCAUUCUGAUGCAGAAAAUUUUUUUGCUCUCUCGCUCUCUCAUCAAUGACCUGCUGUGUGGCUUCACAUUCUUCUGUGGAAGGGAAUGAUGACCUUAAAGAGAUGCUGGAGAGCAAUAAGGACUCACUCAAACUGGACGCCAUGAAGAGGAUCAUUGCGCUGAUCGCCAAGGGGAAGAAUGCCUCCGAGCUGUUCCCAGCUGUGGUGAAGAAUGUGGCCAGUAAGAAUAUAGAGCUGAAGAAGUUGGUGUAUGUGUACCUGGUGAGGUAUGCAGAGGAGCAGCAGGACCUGGCCCUACUGUCCAUCAGCACCUUUCAGAGGGCCCUCAAGGACCCUAACCAGCUGAUCAGAGCCAGUGCUCUGAGGGUUCUGUCCAGUAUCAGAGUUCCCAUCAUCGUUCCCAUCAUGAUGCUGGCCAUCAAGGAGGCUGCCUCCGACAUGUCCCCUUACGUCAGGAAAACAUCCGCCCACGCCAUCCAGAAACUCUACAGCCUGGAUCCGGAUCAGAAGGAGCACCUGAUAGAAGUCAUUGAUAAAUUGCUGAAGGACAAAAGCACUCUGGUAGCGGGCAGCGUGGUGAUGGCCUUUGAGGAAGUGUGUCCGGACCGUAUUGACCUGAUCCAUAAGAACUACCGUAAACUCUGCAAUCUGCUGGUGGACGUGGAGGAGUGGGGUCAGGUGGUCAUCAUCACCAUGUUGACCCGCUACGCCAGGACGCAGUUCACCAGCCCCUGGAAAGAGGACGGUCAGUUUGAUGAGAACAGUGAGACGGCGUUCUAUGAGUCUGAUGAGAAGAAGACGAAAAAUGGGGACGAAAAGAAGUCCUACAUGAUGGACCCCGACCACCGACUGCUUCUCAGGAACACCAAGCCUCUACUGCAGAGUAGAAACACUGCUGUGGUGGUGUCAGUAGCUCAGCUGUACUGGCACCUGGCUCCUAAACACGAGGUCGGCGUCAUCACCAAGUCACUGGUUAGACUGCUCCGAAGCCACAGGGAGGUGCAGUACAUUGUGUUACAGAACAUAGCCACCAUGUCUAUCCAGAGGAAGGGCAUGUUUGAACCUUACAUGAAGAGUUUCUAUGUGAGAUCCACAGAUGCCACUCACAUCAAAUCACUCAAGCUGGAGAUCUUGACCAGCCUGGCCAACGAAGCCAACAUCUCAACCAUCCUUAGAGAGUUCCAGACUUAUGUGAAGAGCCAGGACAAGCAGUUUGCAGCUGGUACCAUCCAGGCCAUCGGCAGGUGUGCCACCAACAUCUCUGAGGUGACAGACACCUGCCUCCAAGGACUGGUGCUGCUACUCUCCAACCGAGACGAGACGGUGGUGGCUGAGAGCGUGGUGGUCAUCAAGAAGCUUCUCCAGACCCAGCCCACCCAGCACAGUGACAUCAUCAAACACAUGGCCAAGCUCUUCGACAACAUCGCUGUGCCGAUGGCGCGGGCCAGCAUCCUGUGGCUGAUGGGAGAGUACUGUGAGAGGGUCCCUCAGAUCGCCCCCGACGUCCUCCGCAAGAUGGCCAAGAGCUUCACCUCCGAGGAGGACAUCGUCAAGCUGCAGACUGUCAACCUGGCUGCCAAACUCUACCUCACCAACUCCAAACAGACCAAGUUGUUGACCCAGUACAUUCUGAACCUGGGGAAGUAUGACCAGAACUAUGACAUCAGAGACCGCACUCGCUUCAUCCGCCAGCUCAUCGUGCCCAAUGAGAAGAGCGGAGCACUCGGCAAGUACGCCCGCCGCAUCCUGCUGGCGCCCAAACCAGCGCCCGUCCUCGAGUCCACGUACAAAGACCGUGAUCGUUACCAGCUGGGAACCCUGUCCCACACCAUCAACACCAAAGCCAGUGGCUACCUGGAGCUUUCUGAUUGGCCUGCCGUGGCUCCUGACCAAUCAGUGAGGAACGUGGAGGUGAUUGAGCCGGUGAAGGAGUGGGCUCCAUCGCUAGGGAAGACUGGAAAGUCCAAGCUGUCCAAGUCAUCAGAUGAUAAGUUCUACUCUGACUCUGGAGAGGAGGAGGAGGAGAAGGAUAAGGGCUCAGGGAGCAGUAGCAGUGAUGACAGCAGCAGCAGCAGUAGUGAAGAGUCAAGCAGUGAGGCAGAGAGCGAUGAGGAAAAGAGCAGUAGUCAGAGCAGUGAAGAGUCCGACAAGUCCUCCAACCAAUCGGAGAAGAGUUCAAGUGAGUCCGACUCUGAACAGAAGAAGAAAACAACUAAGAAACCACCACAGAAGAAGACAGUCAAACCAACGGCCAAAGACAGUGAUUCGGAUGAGAAUGGGAACGUUGCUAAAGAAGCCAGCAGUUCGUCUGCAGAAGAGACCUCGUCUGGUUCCGAAUCUGGGUCCGACGCAGACUCCCACUCAGGCACCGAACGCAAGAAGAAAACCAAGUCUAAAGCCAAACCCAAGGUGGAGGUGAAAUCAACGAAGGAGGUGUCCCUGUUGAAGGAGGUGUCCCUGUUGGAUUUGGAUGACUGUACGUUUUCUGCCUGCGCUACAGCACUCACUCCUACACCAGUGACCCGGCCCACGAUGUCUGUCCUCUCCCCCAGCCUGCUUGGAGACCUGGAAGGCCUGUCUCUCUCCAACAUCUCAUCAACCAUACAGGUGAGCGGCCCGACGUUUGUCCCAGAGAAGAGGCAUGACCUGCUGCACCGUAUGGCAGGUAAAGGUCUAUCAGCCCAGUACCAGUUCCCCAGACAGCCCUGUCUCUACCAGCCCACCAUGGUCUCAGUCCAGAUCAGCCUGACCAACACCUCAGACCACCCUCUGGAACAGAUCCACAUCGGAGACAGGAGCCCCACAGGACUCCACAUGCACUGCUUCAAUACUAUAGAGUGUCUGCUGCCAGAGGCCUCGGUGACUGUGUCUUUGGGCGUCGACUUCAACGACUCAACACAAGCAGCCAACUUCCAGCUGUGUACGAAGGAGGACCAGUUCAGUGUGUCCAUCCAGCCUGCCGUAGGAGAACUCUUCCUACCCGUCACCAUGACCGAACAGGACUUCCGCAAGGAGCAAGGGAAACUGCUGGGCAUGAACGAGAGCUCGGCAACCAUCACCAUGGCAGCAGAGAACACGACCAGCCAACCAAUCAGCAGACAGGUGGCAACUGUGGCCAACCUGGGAGUGGUUCCAUCCGGUCAAGACAACAUCCACAGGUUUGCUGGUAAGACGGCCAGUAGUGGAGCUGUGGUGCUGGUGACGGUGGAGCUGAGGGAGUCUUCUACAGCCCUGAUCACCAUCAACACAGAGAAGAGUGUCAUGGGCCCCAUGCUGCUCCGAGACCUGAAAUGGGCCCUGGCCCAGGCCUAGAGUGCCCCUCCCUAGCCCCAGUACUCCAACACCUGAAAUGGGCCCUGGCCCAGGCCUAGAGCGCCCCUCCCUAGCCCCAGUACUCCAACACCUGAAAUGGGCCCUGGCCCAGGCCUAGAGCGCCCCUCCCUAGCCCCAGUACUCCAACACACCGAGAAAAAUAUCUCCAACUCAUUCAUCCAAAUGUCUUUCUCUCUCGAUCUUUCAUUUUUCUUCCUCUCUUGCAUUCUCUGUCACACAAAUACCCACUUACAUACAUGCAGGCAAGGAGAUCUCAGAUCGUCUCCAGAAACGGUUUUUUUUUAUUGCUUAGAGAAAAGCACUCCUAGAUUCCUUAUAGCCUUAUUUAAAUACUGUUAUUGGAAUUUGAAACGUCCUGAAGCGUUUCAAGAGCCAAAAGCCAAGACGAAUGAACUACCGUGAUGCUAUAUAGUGUAUGACAUUGAUAUAAACAAGAUAGUGCUUUUCUUUUUAGCUGAAGGUAGCCUAGCGUUUAGAGCGUUGGGCUACUAACCAAAAGGCCACUGGUUGGAAUACCCCAAGCCAACAAGGUGAAAAAUAUUUGAUGUGCUCUUAACCCUAAUUUGCUCCUAGGGCGCUGUACUACUAUGGCUGACCCUGUAAAACACAUUUCACCCCACCUAUCUGGUGUGACAAUAUAAAAAAUUCCACUGUUACUGUGCCUCAUCCAUUCCAAACCCUUAUAUCGUUUCCAACGGAGCAACACCUGUGAAGUGCCUUUAUAAAUGAAGAAAGUUAUGUUUUUUAGGUAACCAAAAAUGUGUUCAUCAAUCAUUGAGGUCUGUAUCACUAUUGGUGAAAUGAACUGAAUUUAUUAAAAAUGGUUAAGUGAA